AUGUCAACGAGUAGUUGUCAAUGCUCUAAUCACGGUGACUUCAAUCCAUGGUGGCAAGUUGAUCUAGGAUGGAUGUAUGACAUCACAAGUAUAACUAUAUCUAACAGAUAUGAUGAUAAACCCAUGUUUGGAUGUACUGUGAGAACAUUUGAAUGUGAUGAGAAAACAGUUGGCAGGUUUAUCAGGAUAUCCAAACCAACAGAAUAUCUCACUAUGUGUGAAGUGGAGGUGACGGGUAUACAACAGUAA